AUGGGGUCUCCUCACUUGAACACGCGGUCAUCGAAAAGCCUCGACGAAGAAAACAGGAAGAAAGCUGCCAGGCGAGCUAACUACAAAGAUGCGGCUCAGGACAUCGCAGGCAUUGUAUUAUCGACGUUGGAGCAGGCAGCGGCAUUCGCACCCGUUCCAUACUUGCAGCAAGCGGCUGGAUUGGCGAUUGGGUUGGUUGACAUGGUUCAGAGUACAUCAGACAAUAAAGCAGCGUUCACAUCUUUGGCCACUGACGCCUGUGGUCUUGUCUACACUGCAACAAAUGUUUGGAAGGACCGAGACGAGAAUAGAGAUGGCACGAAAAUUCCCCAAGACCUCGUGAAUCAUCUCGAAGAAGUGCUCAGAACCAUGGAAGACAUAAUGCAUUUCGCAGAAAUGCGUGCGGCGCGAGGCUUCCUUGCGCGAUUUUUGUCACAUAAAGCUGACGCUGAUGGAAUUCGAGGGUAUAGGGUUCGGCUGAAGGAUGCUUUGGACCGAUUCGGGAUGCAGUCGCACAUUACCGUCAGAGAUGCUGUUGCUCGCAUUCAAGACCAGCAAGACGCUAUUCUCGAUGCACUCAAGGAUCAUACCUCGACGACAGAGGUAGACACUAACGAUUCUCCACACGCGACGUCAGAGGAGAGGUCCCCUUCAUCAAAGGUGGCAUCAGAUCGCCGAGUCGCUCUUCCUGCUUCUCCCGCUCCUCGUCCCUCUCCACACACGUUUUCCAGCUUUACGGCUUUCGCAAACAUCACCAACAAUGGCUCAGGAAUAUUUAACUCCGUGAACGGAGACUACGUCAUUCACAACUCAACGGCGAACAAUUCUUCCGUUAACUCAGGGAAUGUCCUGAAUGUCUCUACAGCGAAUUCGAAUAAUGUGUACGAUACCGGUCGAAACGGGUGGCCGAGCAGACUCGGACGUAAUCGAAAGGGGAUAGGGGACGAUGUGGGCAUAACAAAGACCCGGGCGAUUCCUGUCCAAAAUUCCGGAAGAAGGGGUCGAGGGCGUGUUGCUAGUUCUGUUCUGACUUAA